CGGCUAACUAGAGCCGGCGUAGGUACCCCUCCUCACCUUUUUACCUGCGUCAGCUUCCACGCGUUGUUGUGUGUUAGCAUUUUAGGCCCACACAACAGCCGUAAACCCAAAAAUUUACAAAAAACAACAAAAAAACUUAAAAAGUGACAAAAAAUUCUGUAUAAAAACUUAAAAAGCUUGAGAAAAAAACUCGCGAAACGGUGGUAGGAACGUCCCAAAGUCUGCCGAAGCUCGAAGAUCCAGCAAAAAAUUGACAACGCCAUCUUGGAUUUGAAGACUUCUUUCUGAGAUUACAUACCUACAAGUUGAGAAGAGAUAACCAUGAACCCAGGCGGAGGUCCCACCUACCCUUGCGCGUCGCUGUACGUCGGAGACUUGGACCCCGACAUUACGGAGGCCAUGUUGUACGAGAAGUUCUCUCCCGCUGGACCCGUGCUGUCCAUCCGUGUCUGCCGCGACAUGGUGACGCGCCGCUCGCUCGGAUACGCCUACGUCAACUUCCAACAGCCAGCUGAUGCUGAACGUGCCCUGGACACCAUGAACUUUGACACCAUCAAGGGCAAGCCCAUGCGUAUCAUGUGGUCCCAGCGCGACCCCUCGCUGCGUAAGUCUGGCGUCGGCAACGUCUUUAUCAAGAACCUGGACAAGUCGAUCGACAACAAGGCUAUUUACGACACCUUCUCAGCUUUUGGCAACAUCCUGUCUUGUAAGGUUGCCCAAGAUGAAACCGGAUCCAGCAAAGGUUUUGGUUUUGUGCACUUCGAGACCCAAGAGGCAGCUGAUGAGGCCAUGGCCAAGGUCAACGGCAUGAUGCUCAACGGCAAGAAAGUGUAUGUAGGACGUUUUGUGCCGCGCAGUGAGCGUCUAGCUGCCAUGGGAGAAGCCCAGAAACGCUUCACUAACAUCUACGUCAAGAACUUCGGAGACAAGUGGGACGAUGACAAGCUGCGUGAUUUCUUUGAGAAGUACGGAAAGGUGGUGAGCGCCAAGGUGAUGACGGACGACAUGGGACACAGCCGCGGCUUCGGGUUCGUCAGCUACGAGGAACCCGACUCUGCUGGAAAGGCCUGUGAGGAAAUGAAUGACAUGGAGGUGGAUGACGGUCGCCGCAUCUACGUUGGCCGUGCACAGAAGAAGGCGGAACGCCAGGCCGAGCUGAAGGCCAAGUUCGAGAAGAUCAAGCAAGAACGCAUCCAGCGCUACCAGGGUGUGAACCUGUACGUCAAGAACCUGGACAGCACCAUUGAUGAGGAGAUCCUGCGUAAGGAGUUUUCACAGUUCGGAACCAUCACAUCCUCCAAGGUGAUGACUGAGAACGGCCGCUCCAAGGGUUUCGGCUUUGUGUGCUUCAGCUCUCCCGAGGAGGCCACCAAGGCUGUGACGGAGAUGAACGGACGUAUCGUGGUCUCCAAACCACUGUACGUUGCCCUUGCUCAGCGUAAGGAGGACCGUAAGGCGCAGCUUGCCUCCCAGUACAUGCAGCGUAUGGCCGGGAUGCGCAUGCCUGCACCACAGCCCAACCAGAUGUUCCAGGGUUCAUCCUACUUCAUGCCGUCCAUGCAGCCCCGCUACUUCCCCAGCCAGAUGGCCCAGGUCCGUGCCAGUCCACGCUGGCAACAGGCCGCUCCGAUGCGCCCCGGCGGCCAGGCCACCGCCUUCCAGGCCAUGCCCGCCGCCGGGUCCCGCUUCCCGGCCGCCACCGCCCCGCGAGCCGCCGCCGCAGCCGUGCGACAGGUGGCCCCGCAGGCGAUGGCCCGCACCACGCAGCCACCUGCUCAACGCAUGGCAGGGAGAGGUGGUGUUGCGCCAACCCAGCAGCCCCGUGUGGGAGUUGCCGCCAUGGCCAACCAGCAGCCCCGCCCAGGAUACAAGUACACUGCCACGAUGCGCAACCCGCCCAGCGGGGGUCAGCCUCAGGCCAUGAACCCAUCGGUCAUGUACCGACCGGCUUCGUACGCACAGUCCAGCAAGGUCCAGGAGCAGUCCACCCCCCAGCAGGCCGUCCAUGUGCAGGGCCAGGAGCCCCUGACUUCCACCAUGCUGGCUGCAGCACCCCCUCAGGAACAGAAGCAGAUGCUGGGAGAGCGCCUCUUCCCUCUCAUCCAGAACAGCCACCCCGAUCUGGCUGGUAAGAUCACCGGUAUGCUGCUGGAGAUCGACAAUGCCGAGCUGCUUCACAUGCUUGAGUCCCGCGAGUCUCUCAAGGCUAAGGUCGAGGAGGCCGUGGCUGUACUGCAGGCUCACCAGGCCAAGGAGCAGGCCGCGCGCGCCGGCGUGGCGGAGUAACCACGCCCCCUACCACCCCCACCAAGUUUCGCGAGGAACCUAACGUUAAACCUAGAGUAGCAAGCAAGCAAGUAAUUCCUUCCUGUGGAAACUGUACGCCAAACCGGGUGGGGUGAUAUCUGGAAAGUUGACGCAUGGGUAAAACUAAAACUUUUAACUGCAAAAAUAGCGAUAGUCGAGUGUGAAUGAGUGUUUUACAGUUUCAAGCCUGACUAUUAUAUACUACCUUUUGUAUGAAAGCUGUCAAAAACAUCUCUUUGUCCAUCAUAUUCGUUUCUUCGUUCGUUGACCUCGUGCAAGGAAAUCCUCUUCUUUUAACAACGGAAGUUGAGUGGGCAGGAUAUUUUUGUAGUAAAAUCCAACAAAAUCGAUAAAGACAGCCAGGGAAGCCUGUGAGAAGGUAAACUAAGUCUGUUUUUCUAUAAGUUCCAUAGUAGUUGUCUUAGUUAUGCCACAUGCAAGUGUUUUUAACAGCAGUGACAUUCUAUUACUAAUCUGCAUGGGUUUGUUGAAAUAUUUAAGUGGUCAAGAUUGUUGAAAAAAUUAAUAAUGUUGGACAGUUUUUGAAUGAUUUAUAACAUCCUAGGAUGACACAGGGUUGAACUGUUAAUAGCUUCAUGUUACUUUAUGCUAUUUUUGUAAAAAAAAAAUUGUAAAACUAAUCUUACGUUUGAAAAGGUGCCACCUGGCGAGGUGUACAGUUUUGCGGGACUGAUAGUUCAAAAAAGGCAAAAAAAAUCGUAAAAUAAGUAAAAAAAAUUUCGAUCUCAAGCAGAAAAGAAGAAGAAACCACACGGAAACUAGAGGAGGCAUAAAAAAUGGAAAAAACGUAUCAAAAACACCGCAAAAAUGUGGAAAAAAAGGAGACGAUCUUGUUGGGAAACUGUGGCGAGAUCAGCUCUGGGAAUGAGUGUUAUCAGAAUAACUGGUGUGUGAACAUGUGUUCUUGUUUGUGUUGAGGCUGGAAGAUGCCUUGAAUGUGUACCAUCUGCAACUUUGGGAAUUAAAACUACUGUUUCACACCA